AUGAACACCCUCUCGGUCCGAGCCUUCAUUCCGCCAUUGAGGCGACGAUGCGUGCCCCUCCAAGCUAUCCGUCGCUACGCCAUGCAGGCUCCCGGAGCCCCGACAUUCGAGAUAUUCAGCAACCAGCACAAAUGGCAGCAAAAGGAAAGAGCCGCUGCCAAUGUGGAGCUCAGCAGGAGCGUCGACUAUCUACGGGACGAAGUGGCGUCACGCUUGUGUGAGCGAAUUCUGGACAUCAAUCGCCACUUCGGCCAAGUCCUCGACUUGGGCGCCAAUGCUUGCAACUUAUCCCGCAUGCUCACACUACCAUCCGAAGACUCACCAGACAAAGGCCCGCGAUCGAAGCGCAUAGGCACUGUCACCGCCGCCGAGUCGUCAGAGACCCUCUUGUACCGUGACGCCGAUCUUCCCUUCAACCAGGAGAUAGACAUUGUUCGACAUGUCCUGCCCACCUCAGAGCUCCUGCCAUUCGAUGCCAACACGUUCGAUGCUGUCAUGAGCAGCCUCAGUAUGCACUGGAUCAACGAUCUGCCUUCGGUACUGGCACAAGUGAACAACAUCCUGAAGCCCGAUUGCCCUUUCAUGGGGGUCAUGAUGGGCGGUGAUAGUCUCUACGAGCUGCGUACUGCUCUUCAGCUCGCCGAGCAAGACCGUCGAGGCGGUGUCGCUACCCACACGUCACCACUGGCUGACGUACGAGACAUCGGUGGGCUCCUGCAAAAGGCCGGCUUCAAUCUUCUAACCGUUGAUGUCGACGAUAUUGUUGUCGACUUUCCGGAUUGCUUUUCGCUGAUGAAGGACCUCCAGGCCAUGGGCGAAUCCAACGCCGUGCUCGGCCGCGAGAAGGGCGCGAUACAUCGAGAUGUCCUCUUGGCCGCCGACGGUAUUUAUCGCGAGCUACAUGGUAACGAGGACGGCACUCUACCAGCUACUUUCCGCCUUAUCUUCAUGAUUGGUUUGGAAACCUUAGCCCGGACGCUAGCCGGCAAACCUUCUCGAAAGGGUAUUAAAGACUAUCUAGAGAAGAAUGGCAGCGGUGCCAAAGGAAAAGAGUAG